CCACAACUUGCUUUCGCUGGGCUUCACAUUUGAAUCAGGACCAAAUAAGAUAUCUAGGGUUUAAAUUGCGUUAGCUUCCCUAUUCCUUAAACCCAAGAACGGCAGUUCCUCUUCAGGUCUCUCUGCUGUGCUGUAUGAUUGUCUCAAUUGGGUAAUCUAAUUCGCUUGUUUCUACAGGUAAAGAGUUUCAUUAGGGUUUAGGGUUGCUUCCCUCUCAAAUGGCUCCAGCUAAAGCUGAUGCAGGUAAGAAAUCAGAUGCCAAGGCUCAAGCCUUGAAGGCUGCCAAGGCUGUAAAAGCAGGUGCAAAAACCUUUAAGAAGAAGGCCAAGAAAAUACGCACUAAAGUUACCUUCUAUCGGCCAAAGACAUUGACAAAGGAAAGGAAUCCCAAGUAUCCUCGCAUUAGUGCUGUUCCCCGCAAUAAACUUGACCACUACCAGAUUCUAAAGUAUCCUCUCACCACGGAGUCAGCAAUGAAGAAAAUUGAAGACAACAACACACUAGUUUUCAUUGUAGAUAUUCGUGCUGAUAAGAAAAAGAUCAAGAACGCAGUCAAGAAAAUGUAUGACAUCCAGACAAAGAAAGUGAACACACUUAUCAGGCCGGAUGGAACCAAGAAGGCAUAUGUCAGGUUGACACCUGAUUACGAUGCUCUGGAUGUUGCUAACAAAAUCGGAAUCAUCUAAAUGGUCGGAGAUUGAGUUUUGUGUUUAAGCCUUUCGUUUGGGGGAUUGUUUGUACUCCAAAAUUUCUUUUUUGAUUUAAAUGUGGGAGCUUCAGACUGAAUUGUGCAAGUUAUAUAGAGAUUUCGAUUUAGAUUGUAUCCGUCUUUACUUUAUUUACUUUUCCAUGUAUUCUGUCUUUUAAAAUCCUUUCUAUUAUGCUCUCCAAGAUAUACUCAAUUUGUGAUGAUACAUUGUUAAAUUCGGUGGAUUGUAGAAGCUCUAGUUUUAUAAA